UACUUUUCGUCAUCCGCGUGCGCGGUCCCUGUCACAGUCGCGGAGUGAUAACGUGCAUGCCGGGACCUGGAGCUGUCAGUCAGAGCGGCUAGAUCCCCGCAGAGGGGCCCGCGGGGCCGGCGCGGCCAUGGCGGCCGUGUUCGACCUGGACUUGGAGACCGAGGAAGGCAGCGAGGGCGAGGGCGAGCCAGAGUUCUGUCCUGCGGACGUGUGUCCCCUUGCCGAAUCGAGGGCUGCCGGCCUGGAGCCCGUGGGACACUAUGAGGAGGUGGAGCUGACUGAGACCAGUGUGAACCUGGGCCCUGAGCGCAUUGGGCCGCACUGCUUUGAACUGCUUCGAGUGCUGGGCAAGGGGGGCUAUGGCAAGGUGUUCCAGGUACGAAAAGUGCAAGGCACCAAUUUGGGCAAAAUAUAUGCCAUGAAAGUCCUGAGGAAGGCCAAAAUUGUGCGUAAUGCCAAGGAUACAGCACACACACAGGCUGAGCGGAACAUUCUAGAGUUGGUGAAGCACCCCUUUAUUGUGGAACUGGCCUAUGCCUUCCAGACGGGUGGCAAACUCUACCUCAUCCUGGAGUGCCUCAGUGGUGGUGAGCUCUUCACACAUCUGGAGCGAGAGGGCAUCUUCCUGGAAGACACUGCCUGCUUCUACCUGGCUGAGAUCACGCUGGCCCUGGGGCAUCUCCACUCCCAAGGCAUCAUCUACCGGGACCUCAAGCCUGAGAACAUCAUGCUCAACAGCCAGGGCCACAUCAAACUGACGGAUUUCGGACUCUGCAAGGAGUCCAUUCACGAGGGUGCUGUCACCCACACCUUCUGUGGCACCAUUGAGUACAUGGCCCCUGAGAUCCUGGUGCGCAGUGGCCACAACCGGGUGGUGGACUGGUGGAGCCUGGGGGCCCUGAUCCACCCUUCACCGCAGAAAACCGGAAGAAAACCAUGGAUAAGAUCAUCAAGGGGAAGCUGGUGCUGCCUCCCUACCUCACCCCAGAUGCCAGGGACCUUGUCAAAAAGGCCCUCACCCGCUGCCCUGCUCCCGCAGUUUCUGAAGCGGAAUCCUAGCCAGCGGAUCGGGGGUGGCCCUGGGGAUGCUGCUGACGUGCAGAGGCACCCCUUCUUCCGGCACAUCAAUUGGGAUGACCUCCUGGCCCGCCGCGUGGACCCUCCUAUCAGGCCAAGUCUGCAGUCAGAGGAGGACGUGAGCCAGUUUGACACCCGCUUCACGCGGCAGACACCAGUGGACAGUCCAGACGACACAGCUCUGAGUGAAAGUGCCAACCAGGCCUUCCUGGGCUUCACGUAUGUGGCGCCCUCGGUCCUGGACAGCAUCAAGGAGGGCUUCUCCUUCCAGCCCAAGCUGCGCUCCCCCAGGCGCCUCAACAGCAGCCCACGAACCCCCAUCAGCCCCCUCAAGUUCUCACCCUUUGAGGGGUUCCGGCCCAGCCCUGGCCCACCAGAGCCCACAGAGCCACCUCUACCUCCACUGCUGUCACCACCACCACCGCCACCACCCUCGAGCACUGCUCCCCUCCCCAUCCGUCCCCCCUCAGGGACCAAGAAGUCUAAGAGGGGCCGUGGGCGCUCUGGGCGGUAGGAAGGAUGGGUGGGGGUGAGGGCAGCAUGGCCCCGGGUGUGUCUGGGGGAGGAGCAAGUGCGCCUUUGUCCGGGGUGGAUAAGCCCCAGAAUCACGUGCGUGGGAGGCUUCCGGCUACCACUGCUGGCAGGAGGGCCCCGCGGACCACCGGGGGGGCCACUGCAUGUAGCUGUGCCUUUGCAAAUUAAAGGACUGAAUCAUG